AUCUGUGGUCUCUGUCAACGUCAUGAUUUGCAAGUUGUUCUUUAAACAAAAGGAAUCUGAAAUUUGAGUUUAUUCUCGUUUUGUGAGGUACAUAAAAAACUUCAUUAUUUUCAAAGUUUAAUUAAGAAAAACUAAUAUAGUGAUGGAUAGACUACUGAGAUUAGGAGGUGGAAUGCCUGGUUUAAGUCAGGCCCCACCACCAAGCGACGCUCCGGUUGUAGAUACAGCAGAGCAGGUUUAUAUUUCAUCUUUAGCUCUUCUAAAAAUGUUAAAACAUGGUAGAGCAGGAGUCCCAAUGGAAGUUAUGGGUCUUAUGUUGGGAGAGUUUGUUGAUGAUUACACGGUGCGUGUAAUAGAUGUUUUUGCUAUGCCUCAGACUGGUACUGGAGUGAGUGUAGAGGCUGUCGACCCUGUAUUUCAAGCAAAAAUGUUAGACAUGUUAAGGCAAACAGGCCGGCCAGAGAUGGUGGUAGGAUGGUAUCAUUCUCACCCCGGGUUUGGAUGCUGGCUUUCAGGUGUUGACAUUAAUACACAGCAAUCAUUUGAGGCUUUGUCAGAGAGAGCCGUUGCUGUAGUUGUAGAUCCUAUACAAUCAGUUAAAGGAAAAGUUGUUAUUGAUGCAUUUAGAUUAAUUAAUCCAAAUAUGAUGGUUCUUGGUCAAGAGCCUAGACAAACAACCUCAAAUUUGGGACAUUUACAGAAACCUUCAGUGCAAGCUUUAAUCCAUGGAUUAAAUAGACAUUACUAUUCAAUCAGUAUAAAUUAUAGAAAAAAUGAACUUGAACAAAAGAUGCUUCUUAAUUUACAUAAGAAAUCCUGGAUGGACGGUUUAACUUUGGCAGAUUAUUCAGAAAAUUGCACUACUAAUGAGAAAACUGUUGCUGAUAUGUUAGAAUUAGCAAAGAAUUAUAAUAAAGCUCUUGAAGAAGAGGAAAAAAUGACCCCUGAACAACUCGCCAUUAAGAAUGUUGGAAAACAGGACCCAAAAAGGCAUUUGGAGGAAAAAGUGGACGUUCUUAUGACUAAUAAUAUUGUACAGUGUUUAGGUGCAAUGCUCGAUACAGUUGUAUUUAAAUAACAAAAUAAUUUGAUCCAUACUAUAUUUAUUUUUUGUCAAUGAAUGUCAUAUUUUUAAUUUGCUUUUGAAAUAAAAUAAUUUGUAAUACA